AUGGAGACCUACUCUCGUAGAUGGUAUCAUUUAUCUCGAGGCGAGAAAAUUGUUGUGGACAUGAUCUUUACCCAAUCUGGGUUCAAGAAGAGAUACAAUUUUCUUUGUGAGAAUAAUCUUCCUACUGAGAAGAGGUACUUAAGGAAAUUCAGAAAGUACAGCGAACUAAGGAAAUUGAUGAAGAAAUCAAAUGACUCAGAAGCUAUUAACGGACUGAAAGAUCAGAUAGCUUGGAUUGACAAACAACUGAAGUCUGCAUCAACAAAACGUACUGACAGAGAGAUACUAGCUGUGCACAAGAAAGAGAGAGAUGCAGCAAAGCAAGGGAAACAACCAUUCUAUUUGAAGAAAUGUAGUGCUCUCUCUGAAAUCCGGAAGCAAAAGCUUAUAGAGAAAUACAAUGAACUCAAGACUUCCUAUCUCAACAAUGGCGGUAAAGACAUGCCCUCUUUGAGUGAGACCCUUUUCUUCGGGGUGGCAUGCUGUGAAGUGGGGAUUACAGAGUUCCCCUCCCCCUGA